AUGGUGUGGAACACGUGGAAGUGGAGGAAUGACCGCAUAUUCAAUUCUCGUUCACUGUCAUGUAAGAAUAGGCGGAUGGAGGUGCUGCGUAACAUGGAUUCAUAUACACGAACUUCGGAGGCCUAUCAGCGUGUGGGCGCGGACAGCUAUGUCAAGCCUGCGCCGCCAGGGUACCUUGAUAAGUAUGGCUGUGUCAAGACCCAAAACGACGUAGCUUUGCUAUUCAAUAAAGUAUUAAAGGACGAAAUUGUGAAGCUGAGGGCCAAUCUUUCCAAUGCAUCCAUAGUCUAUGUUGAUGUGUAUGCUGCCAAGUACGAACGCAUCAGCACAUCCAAGGAUCAAGGAUUUGAAGACCCUUUCGCCACAUGCUGCAGCUAUCAUGGGGUCGACUAUGAUGUUUACUGUGAAAACACAGGACAUGUAAAUGGUACUAAAGUAUUUGCAACUUCUUGUCCUAAUCCUUCUGAAGUCAUCAGCUGGGAUGGGGUGCACUACAUUGAAGCUGCCAACAAAUGGAUUACGGACCGAAUAGUUAACGGGUUUUUAUCUGACCCACCAGUCGCAGUCUCGCGUGCGUGUCAUAAGCAAGUAAGAGUCAGUCGUAUGAAAAAGCAAUCAAAUUCCGAUUAG